AUGAAAAGUCACGCCCGGCACGAGGAGGACACGGGUUCUAAUUGUUUCAAACAACAAAAGGCCGAUGUGAUUUAUUUGUCAAAGGCCCCUUUGCGCUCGGCGUCGGUUCCCGCACUCUGUCCUGCCGCCGCCAGCCGCCGACGCGUUACUGGCCUUCGCACCGAUUCCAGAAUGCCUUACGUUGGAGGGCGGGCGGGGCGGGGCGGAGAUUGUUCUGGCAGAAGUGGUAUGUUGAGUGGGAGAUGUGAGAGAGCGGGUGGAAGAGUAUCGGAGCCUUGGCCUCCCACGCGCGCUGUCUCAGAAAAGGACCCGGAGUUCGGAGAGCCAAUCGGAAACCUCACAACUCCAUUAGGCCGCGAGGCUGUACUUUCCUGCAUAGUCGACCACUUGGGGAAGUACAAGUACCUCUUGGACAAAGCAUAA